CUCACACUUGGCUGCUAGUUCUGAUUCGACACAACCUUUGAAGUGCUACGCUCUUUGUCUUCCUUCUGAGAUACUAAGACAGCUAUGAAGCUCAGCACAAGCUUGCGAUCGAAGGGGCGCUUUCGGACGAUUCGAGACAAGGCCCGCAAGGUUUUUUUAAGGCCAAAACGGAUACGUGGAGAAUUGUAUAAAGCUACGGAGCCAACUACCGCCAGGAGCCAUCUCAUGUCGCUUCCUCUAGAGCUCAUUGAGCAUAUCUGUACUCGUCUCCCUCAUGAGGAUCAUGUCCACUUGUACCAAGUUUGCCGAGCACUUCAUAUGAUUGUCGAGCCACUUCUGCUCGAGACGCUCUACCUGACCGUGGACAUCGGACGUGUUCCUGAAGAACUCGAUAAUAGUCUCUCACGCAUCGCAUCCGGAGACAGUCCGACGUGUACAUAUACAAAACAUCUCGUACUCCGGGCUUGGUAUCAUCCAACCGAUAUCAGCGCUAGGGCGGAUGAGCAUACAUUUCCUCUACUCAUUCAAGCUCUUCGUGCCCUGCGCUAUGUCCACUCCGUCAGGUGGAUUCUUCCGCAUCGCAUGUUCUCUGGCAGCAUAGGAGAUCCCAUUAUCGCUGAAGCGCUAUCCACGACUUCAACCCUACGCACUCUCGCACUUGACGUGCAAUACAUGCCGACCUCCAUCCCAAUUGGUCACUUCCAUCGCCUUCGACAUAUUGAUAUAUCCAUUGAGACUCAUUACGCUCAUUCGUCCGCCUUUGCCGAAUCACUUAUGGCAUGUAUAAAGAACAGUCCUACCCUCGAGGCCCUUGCUAUUCGCAUAUCCCAGAGCUGGGGAGCAUCCCGGUAUGCGACGCUGCCGACAUUCGGCGACCUUUUCGCAGACUAUCCCCCGGAGUCCAACCCGAUGCAGCUCAAAACCCUCGCACUCGUCGGCUUUCGCCCAACUCUGGACGCAAGGACUCUUCCAAAUCUCCAGUUACUAGAGACGUUGACAAUCGACUGUGUAGCUCCUCCUGCCUUCGUUCCCGAGGAAUCCCUCGAGCGCUUGCAUGAAUGUUCCAUCAAGCUGAGCGGCCUAGUCAGCAAUCGCUUCGACGAAGGUAGUCUUCGAUACCUCGUCUCUUAUACUGGCCUUACGAAGCUCGUUCUGUCUGGACUUCGCGAGGACCCCUCCGAUUCACACCUUCGUGUGCUGUUCUUUGAGAAUGUGCUUCCGACACACGCUGGCACCCUUCAAGAACUCUCCCUCCAGGCAUGUGAUAUUGCCUGGUCCUACAAUACGAGCCAUUGGAACGCAAUUGCGCAGUGCUCGAACCUGACGAAAUUGGGCUUAUCCAUGGCCGACACCAGGUGGCGUCGGAAUGUGGUGUAUGCUGGACCAUUGACUCUUGGGGUCGUCACACCGUUCCGUGUGUUUCACGACGCGGAUAUGGUUGCUGAUAUUUUCAACGCUGCGACUUCCCUGCAGAGGUUGGAAUCACUCACUUUGUUUCCGAUGUUCGCCUGGUACAGCGGCAACAUUGGGGCGCUGUUCAUGAUCACAGAACUUAUUCAUCCCAGUGCAGUCGCAAAAGACUUGGACUAUCGUAUUGAGAAUAUCCGUCGAGCCCGCUCCUUACAGUUUGCGGUCUCUGUAGGUACAAUGUACAC